UUUAAUCGUUAAUCUGUAAAUAUGCCCGAGUUGGUGAUUUAUUUUUGGACUUUGAUCUUUGUGCUGUGCCAAGCCCACGCACAGACCGCCUUCAAUUGCACAGCACCGCCGAAUUUCCAGAAUUUUGACAUCAAUACUUGCUGUCGCACUCCGGAAUUGGACAUGGGAGAUGUGCCUCAAAAGUGUCACAAGUACGUUAAUCAACUGAAGUCCGCCAACUCGAAAUAUCCCAGCUAUACCCAUUUGUGCUAUCCCGAUUGCAUUUACCGCGAGACGGGAGCCCUUGUCAAUGGUAAACUCAGAGUGGACAGAGUGAAGCAGUACCUGGAGCAGCAUGUCCAUCAACGAGAUCAGGAUAUGGUGGCCUACAUCAUGCGCUCCUUUGACUCUUGCCUGGGCAACAUUAAAAACCACAUGAAGGCAGCCAACAUAGAGGCUUACAAGGUGCUGCCGCACGGCUGCUCGCCCUUUGCCGGAAUGGUCUACAGCUGCGUCAAUGCCGAGACCUUCCUCAACUGCCCCCCCAGAAUGUGGAAGAACGAGCGACCGUGCAACCAGGCCAAAGAGUUUGCAGCACAGUGCAAUCCACUGCCGCAUGUUCCGCUGCCCAGCAGCUAGAAUACUUCGCAUUCAA